UUGAGUCCUCCCUGGGCUUGGACCUAGGUGGCGGCGCUAUGGCGAAAUGCACCAAGAAGGUCGGGAUCGUGGGUAAAUAUGGGACCCGCUAUGGCGCCUCCCUGCGGAAGAUGGUGAAGAAGAUUGAAAUCAGCCAGCACGCCAAGUACACUUGCUCCUUCUGCGGCAAAACCAAGAUGAAGAGACGAGCCGUGGGGAUCUGGCACUGUGGCUCCUGCAUGAAGACAGUGGCUGGUGGUGCCUGGACAUACAACACCACUUCUGCCAUCACAGUGAAGUCUGCAAUCAGAAGACUGAAAGAAUUGAAAGACCAGUAGAGGUGCCAUAUGAGACAUCAGCAGCGUAUAAUAAAUGGGUCAAUUUAUAUAAAAAAAAAAAAAGAAA